GCGGAUGGACGUACUGAUGACCGUCCGGAAGAUCGCCUCGAUCUGUACGAUGGGCACCAAUGCCUCAACAUUGGAAAAAGAAAUAGGCCCAGAGCAAUUUCCUGUAAAUGAACAUUACUUCGGUUUGGUCAAUUUUGGAAACACCUGUUACUGUAACUCUGUUCUACAAGCACUUUAUUUUUGUCGUCCGUUUCGGGAGAAAGUUUUGGCGUACAAGGUCCAGCCGCGGAAGAAGGAAAGCUUGCUCACGUGCCUGGCAGACCUCUUCAACAGUAUUGCCACGCAAAAGAAGAAAGUGGGGGUCAUUCCUCCCAAGAAAUUUAUCUCCAGGCUAAGAAAGGAAAAUGAACUUUUUGAUAACUACAUGCAACAGGAUGCCCAUGAAUUUCUGAACUACCUUCUGAACACUAUAGCUGAUUUGCUGCUGGAGGAGAGGAAGCAGGAGAAGCAGAAUGGCAAAUUACAGAAUGGGACCCUGGAGGCCCCAGAGCCUGAAAAGUCUGACCUCACCUGGGUACAUGAGAUCUUCCAAGGAACACUAACCAAUGAAACCCGAUGUCUUAACUGUGAAGCUGUUAGUAGCAAAGAUGAAGACUUCCUGGAUCUCUCUGUAGAUGUGGAACAGAACACUUCUAUUACACAUUGCUUAAGGGGGUUCAGCAACACAGAAACACUAUGCAGUGAAUAUAAAUAUUAUUGUGAGCAGUGUCGUAGCAAACAGGAAGCACAGAAAAGAAUGAGAGUAAAGAAGUUGCCUAUGAUUCUCGCUCUGCACUUAAAAAGGUUUAAAUACAUGGACCAGCUGCAUCGAUAUACCAAACUGUCCUACCGAGUGGUGUUUCCGUUGGAGCUGCGACUCUUCAACACCUCAGGGGACGCUACCAACCCAGACAGAAUGUAUGAUCUUGUGGCAGUGGUAGUUCACUGUGGAAGUGGACCAAAUCGCGGACACUACAUUACCAUUGUAAAAAGCCAUGGAUUCUGGUUGCUGUUUGACGAUGAUAUUGUGGAGAAAAUCGAUGCGCAAGCCAUUGAGGAAUUCUACGGCUUAACAUCUGACAUUUCCAAAAACUCAGAGUCCGGCUAUAUCCUGUUCUAUCAAUCUAGAGACUGAGGCCCUGGCUGAUAAUGAGACGCAUAGAAAGCAUAUAGUCCUGAAACAGGAAUGUAAUGAAUGGGUUAGAUAUCAAGGGAGCAAAGACGUGAGAAGAACAUGAAGAUUCCAGUAACUGUCUGUAAUUAUGGCCGCAGGGUGAUCCUAAAUCGUCCGCUAAUCCAGGCUGCCAAGAGAAGCUUGGAAAUGCUCCUCUGAAUUUUAUUUUAACCCCUUCUUGAGCCGGAUUCUCAGAAAAUAGAAGGAUUAAACUUUCUGUGUCCCAACAUAACGUCAAUUUGGCAUCGGGAGGCCAGAGGUAGAAGUUCGAUUGGACACCAGACGGAUUCUGGGAAUUUGAUCUGUGCAGACUCAGGCUAAUAAAACAGCACUUUGGAGAAUUCCAAAUCAUGGUGCUCAAGGAAUCUACAAUUAAAGAGUUUAUUGUUUGGUUAUGUGAUAUUCACACACUUUCAUUUGUUUGAAUCAUCUUCAAUCAUUUCCACCUUACUCUACUUUGCUGUAGCACCCCUCACAGAGGAAGAGAGGCUGCUGCUGCUGCUGCACAUGUACAUUGCUUUGGAUACCUUUCAUGACUUUAUUUUCCAAAUUUCUAGCACCUUUAAAUGUAAUUUGAAGCAUCCCCAUUGGGAUAAUGAUUGUACUUAGAAAGCUUUGGUCCCUAUUAAUCAUCUGUGAAUGAGAAUGGGGGAUUACAGGAGGCACCUGGGUGCUUUGUCCUUUAGCUCAUUAAAGUGAUAUUGACACCAAA